GUUGAGUCUCUCGCCAAGUCGAGCGGUUCUAUUUUUGCCGAAUUUUACCCCGCGUUCUUUUUUCCGACAUUUCUCGUGCCGUUGCGUACGUACAAACGUACGCUCUAUUCAAUCAGUCGUGAAACUGUACGAGGGUAUACCGUGCACAUUCGCGAGUUGACUCUCACGCUUAGAUGCAAAUGAACGGAGCUUCGUAGACCUCGACAAUUCCUGCACACAUAUCCAUUGUGAGCUCAGGAGCGGGGACAAUCCCUCCAUUGGAUUCUCGAAUACGGUCAAGAUGGCGGGUGGCAGCGCCAUGGAUGAGACGGUGAUGUCUCAGUUCCUGAGCGAAGUCAAAAGCAUCGAGGAAAAAGAUUCCAAAAUGACAUCUGGAACUCAGAUCGAUCGUCUCCUUCGGCCCGGUGCCACGUACUUCAAUCUCAAUCCAUUUGAGGUUCUCCAGAUCGAUACCGGUGCCUCGCUAGAAGACAUCAAGAAGCGCUACCGACAGCUUUCCAUUUUGUUGCAUCCGGACAAAAAUCCAAAUGAUCAGGAACGUGCUCAGCAAGCCUUCGAUAUCGUCAAGAAAGCCAAUGAAGCCCUCAAAGAUGAGAAGAUGAGAGCGAAAGCCCUCGCCAUCGUUGAGGAAGCUACUGAGAUGGCCAAUGCCCAGAUCGCAGACAAGAGAAAAAAGGCCAAAGGGGAAAAAAUUCCGGAAGACAAUCCGGAGGAAUACAAGAAAGCCAUCUAUGUUCAGACAACGAAACUUUUUGUCGAGUUGGAAAGGAAGAGACGAUCCCUCGAAGAGAAAGAUCAGGUUGAGAGGAAGCGAAAACGCGAGAAAGAGCUGGAAGACCAGGAGAAGCGGAAGGACGAAUCCGAAUGGCAGAAGAACUUCGAAGAAUCUCGAGAGGGUCGUGUCAGCUCGUGGCAGAGCUUCACCAAGAAGAAGAAGAGUAAAGCUCUCAAACCGCCAAAAACCAAGAUGGAGAACCGCUGAAUGAUGCUGAGUGUCCCUCUGAGGCUCGCAAAACGAAUCCCGGGUGUCUGUAAAUGAACACAAUUUCUCCCGGUGCCCUCUGCCACCGAAGACGCCGAGAUACACAGAAUCGAUAUCCUUGAAACAGAUGGAACCCUGAUGAGGAAUACUGAAACUUUGAUCAAGUCAUGUACAAUAAAUGAGCCGAUUAUUCCU